UAUAUAUAGGUAGGUGGUGUAAAGAGGGACUCAAAACUGCUUGAAUAUACAUGCCAACUAUUUUUACUAAUUUAGCCUGAUUCCGCGAAAGAUAAAAUUGUCAAGCAACACUUAAUGCAACAGAGCCCUUUUUAAAAAAGUUUUGUGGCAGAGUUGGUGCUUAACAUUAUAUGAUGGAAAAUAUUGUCACUGGACCCAGAGUUGAUGUAGAACCUGACAUUCUAUCAGAAGGAUGUUGUGGAAGUCAAGACUGUGAAAAUAAAUCUUUGAAAUUCUCUGACUUGAGUUUAGAAGAUGUACGUAAAAUGAAUGAAAACUUCAUCAAAGAACGAAACUGGGAUCAAUUUCAUAGUCCUCGAAAUGUUCUUCUAGCUAUGGUGGGUGAAUUUGGAGAAUUAUCAGAAAUUUUCCAGUGGAAAGGUGAAGUCUCAGAAGGUUUACCAGAGCUCACAGAAGAUGAACGCAAACAUGUGGGGGAAGAAAUCAGUGAUAUAUUUAUUUAUCUGGUAGACUUUGCCAGCAGAUGUCACAUCGAUCUCUCAAAAGCUGUGAUUGCAAAAAUGGCUGCUAAUGCUAAAAAAUAUCCAGUUGAUAAAGCAUAUGGUCAAGCAAACAAGUAUACAGAUUAUCAAUGAUAUUUUAGUAAAAUUAAAACCAUGUUAUAUCAAAUAUAA